AUGAAAUCGACAUACUCCCUCUUCAUCCUUUCCCUGAUUGCCCUGGUGGCAGCCACCCCGGUUCCCGUCAAGCGUAGCCCAAACCCCAAUCCCCCAUACCCCUUGAGCCCGGAGGACACCGCCGAAGGCGCAGCAAGCCCCACCAUCCCAGCCGCCGGCGGAGUAGCCAACCCCACCAUCCCACUCCCAGAGGGCGCAGCGAGCCCGAGCACCCCCGCUGCCGCGGGUACUGGCAUCGCGGCCCCAACAGGCACUGGUGUUGCAGCGGCUCCUUCAGCGGGCUGUGUCAUUCCGAUCGACGCUUUCGAACUGGAAGGGGAGGAGGGGGCGUCACUGGCCUCUGAUCUUGCCUACCUGCUACGCGAGAAAGCACUCGAUGUCAAGGACGCCGUAGCAGGCUUGCUGACGCGCAGACAUGGAGAGCCUGGUGGUGAUGGUGGCGAUGGCGGCGAUGGUGGUGGCAACGGUGGUGACGGUGGUCUAGCGGGCCUUAGGGGCGGAAGAGGAAGAGGCCAGGCUGCUGAAGCCGCCGGUCCUGGAAACGGCGAGGACGGAGGUGCUGAAGAAGACGGCGCUGGCGCCGGAAGAGGGAGGGGUAGGCCUGGUCAGGGCCGCGGCAGAGGCAGGGGCAACGGCAAUGGAGCGGGCAACGACGGGGGCAACGGUCAGGAAGAGGGCCAGAUAGGUGGUCAGGAAGGUGAUCAGGAAGAUGAUCGGGGCAACGGUCGGGGCAACGGUCAAGGCAACGGUCAAGGCAACGGGCAGGGCAACGAGCAGGGCAAUGGUCGAGGAAAUGGCCGAGGCGAUGGUCAAGGGAACGGCCAAAAUAACGGCGACGAGGGUGGCGAGGGCAAUGGCGAGGGCAAUGGUCAAGAACGUGGCGGUGGUCGCGAAGGACAGCCGGAAGAGAACGCCGCUUGUCCUGCCACACUCCGACGAGUCCGACGUGCGCGGAGGAGUUUCAGUCACCGGUAG